GGGAGAGAGAGGGGGCAGGGCUGGAUGUGUGACUAUAGCAGCUAGCAGAUACAUCGGUAGCAGCAGAACUCCAAUGCAGACUCAGCCCGCAACAUCAGUCUCUCUGGGAGAGAGAAGAGAGCUGGCCGGAGCGUGUGAGACUGAGCACUGAGCACUGAGCCUGGACUGCAGGGCACAACACAAGAGGGACCAUCAAACAGCACAGCCCUCAGAAACAGAGAGGGAGUGAGGGCAAGGUGGAGAUAAAAAAAACAGAGGAGAGGAGAGAGAUUAAAAACUUGAGCGAGGGGAACGGAGAUUGAAAUAUACAGCAAGAAGGAACGAGAGAGAAAGAGAAAAAGGAGAGAAGGAAACAGAGAAAGAGAGAGAUACUGAGCAGGAGAGAUAAAAAAACGAGUGUGUGAGAGAAAGAAAGAGUGGAACAGAAAGAGAAGGGGAGAGAGAGAGCGUGGGUGCCAGGGAUGUGUGAGGAGAGAGCUCAGGGCCACAGUGUGGUGGGUGUGUGAGGAGAGAGCUCAGGUCCACAGUGUGGUGGGUGUGUGAGGAGAGAGCUCAGGGCCACAGUGUGGUGGGUGUGUGAGGAGAGAGCUCAGGGCCACAGUGUGGUGGGUGUGUGAGGAGAGCGCUCAGGGCCACAGUGUGGUGGGUGUGUGAGGAGAAAGCUCAGGACCACAGUGUGGUGGGUGGGUGAAUAGUCUCGAUAGCCUGUUCAUAUCGGAGACAUCGAGUCUGUGGAGAGCACGGAGUCCCAGGGGAGGAUGAAGAAGCACUCUGCCCGCGUGGCACCCCUCAGCUCCUACAGCACCUCUGUGCUCACCUGCACCGUCUCUGAAGGAGAGGAUGGCUCAGACUCCCCUGCAGAGACAGCAGGCAGCCAGGCAGGCAGGGCUCCCUCGCAUUGCCAGUCCUGUGCCUGCACGGCCCUCAGGGUCCUGGGCUCACUGCUGGUGGUGCUCUCCAUCUCCUCCUCCUGGGUGGGCACGACGCAGGUGAUGAAGCUGACCUUCCAGUCCUUCUCCUGCCCCUUCUUCAUGACCUGGUUCAGCACCAACUGGAACAUCCUUUUCUUCCCCAUCUACUACUCCGGGCACCUGGUCACAGGCAGCCCCAAGCAGACCCCCAUCCAGAAAUUCAGGGAGUGCAGUCGUAUUUUCGGAGAGGACGGGCUGACACUCAAGCUCUUUGUGAAGCGCACAGCCCCCUUCUCCAUCCUGUGGACCCUCACCAAUUACCUGUACCUGCUGGCUCUGCGCAAGCUGAGCGCCACCGAUGUGUCGGCACUCUACUGCUGCCACAAGGCCUUUGUCUUCCUGCUGUCCUGGAUCGUGCUGAAGGACCGCUUCAUGGGCAUCAGGAUAGUGGCGGCCAUCAUGGCGAUCACAGGCAUUGUGAUGAUGGCGUACGCAGACGGUUUCCAUGGAGACUCCAUCAUAGGCGUUGCCCUGGCGGUGGGCUCCGCCUCCACAUCAGCACUCUACAAGGUCCUGUUCAAGAUGUUCCAGGGCAGUGCCAACCUGGGCGAGGCGGCGCACUUCUUCUCCACCCUGGGAUUCUUCAACCUGAUCUUCAUCUCCUGCAUCCCCCUCAUCCUCUUCUUCACUAAGGUGGAGCACUGGGGCUCCUUCUCCGCCCUGCCCUGGGGGUACCUGUGUGGGGCGGCAGGGCUCUGGCUGGUGUUCAACAUCCUGGUGAAUGUCGGGGUUGUCCUGACCUAUCCCAUCCUCAUCUCUAUCGGCACCCUGCUGAGUGUGCCAGGAAACGCAGCGGUGGACGUCUUGAAGCACGAGGUGAUCUUCAGUGUGGUCCGCCUGGCCGCCUCCUUCAUCAUCUGCCUGGGUUUCCUGCUGCUGCUGCUGCCGGAAGAGUGGGACUCGAUGACGCUGCGCUUCCUGUCUACGUUCGCUGAGAAGAAGGGGGAGGAGCCCGGCGGGGAGCUGUCCGAGUCCAGCGUGCACACACGCAGCCGCAGCCGUGCCAACGGAGCCGUGUCCAUCCCGCUGGCCUGAUCCCCGGCCCCCGACCCCUCACAUGUAGGGCUGGGCCGGCACAUUCCCACAGUAACAGCGCCAGGGUUAGAGACUCACACCAGCCCCGCAGCUCCCAGUCCUGGGGUUCAGAACUCCGCUCAAUCCUGGUGUGUUAUUUAAACGACUGGGGAGCCAGGAGUUUGAGCAGUAAGGCUCCUGUUAAAUAAAUGAGCUGCCUGAAGAACUCCAGCUAAUAGUGUGAUCAGUUCAUUCACAGCAGAUUCUACAGCGUGUCUGACGGCUCAUAUUCCUGCCACCUGGUCCUUUCAUCAUUCUCCCUAAACAAGGGACUCGGAAGUGUCUAACCCUGAGCAGCUGUUACAAUAUUGACAGUGUUUUAGAAAUACAUUUUAUGACAGAAAAAAUUGGAUGUCUGCAGAAUAAUUUGAGUUUUUUUUAUUUGUGUUUUGAUCUAGGUUUGCAGGAGACACAGCCCUUACACUAGAAGUCCUGCAGUUUCACUGUAAAGCCCAGCAUGAUAGGAAUCAUGCACCCUCCAUUUCUUUUGGGACAAACUUAUCAAUACAGAUGCAUUUAGAAAAUAUAUCUAUUAUUAUUAUUAUUAUUAUUAUUAUUAUUAUUAUUAUUACUGCUCUUGGCACUAAUAUUAUAUACUGGACUGGAUGUAAAAUAUAACAUGCUAAAUAAAGAUUUUAAUAAAAAGAAAGCUAU